GAGCACGUAAAUUGUCGUCCGACUACUCUCUUAGCGUCUCUAAGCCUUCAUCUCUCAGAAAAUACUCGAGAAUUGCCAUGAAAUAUACCGCAAUAAUCUUGAUCCUGCUGCAAUGUUGCCUCGCUUUGAAGACCAGCUCGACGAUCCUGCAUAAGUACGAGUCAAUUUUCAAUUUCGGCGACUCUCUUAGCGACACCGGGAACUUCAUCCGAUCCGCAGCGGGACUUCCGGUCGUGCCGGAGUUUCCCUAUGGCAAGACCUUCUUUGGGCAUCCGACCGGUCGUUUUUCGGAUGGACGUCUUAUAAUUGAUUUCAUCGCGGAAGCAGUUGGGUUACCCUACCUGAAGCCAUAUCUUGAGGUAGUCAACAACGGCUCAAUUGAUGCUCGUCGUGGAGUUAACUUUGCAGUUGCUGGUGCCACAGCUCUUGAUCCGACAUUCUUUGCAGCCCGAAACAUUUCAACUUUGACAAUGACGAAUAAUUCGUUAAGCGUUCAGCUCGACUGGUUCAAGAAACUCAAAUCUUCCCUUUGCACAACACAACAAGAUUGUGAAACGUAUUUCAAGAAGUCUUUAUUUCUAGUGGGGGAGAUUGGUGGAAACGACUACAAUUUUGCUUUCGCCAAAGGUGCAAACUUUGAGCAGCUCCGUCCCAUUGUGCCAAUUGUUGUUGGAGCCAUUACCAAUGCCACCCGCAUGCUCAUCGAAGAAGGGGCGGUGGAGUUGGUAGUGCCGGGGAUUUUGCCAAUGGGCUGCUUGACAUCGUACAUAACGACCGCUCCGCACUUUGACAAGGACGACGUUAAUGCAACAACCGGUUGUCUCAGUCGUUAUAAUGCAUUUGCCAAGUACCACAAUGAUUAUCUUCAGCGAGAGUUGCAGGUUUUGAGACAAAAAUACAGUCAUGCAAGGAUUAUCUAUGCAGAUUAUUAUGGAGAUUCCAUGCGUCUCUUUGAAUCGCCAAAACAGUACAAUUUCAGUGGAUUAACACAUGGAGCUUGUUGUGGAGCUGGUGGACCACUCAAUUUCAACGUCUCGAAGAUGUGUGGUUCGAGCUCAAGUGUGUGUAAAGAUCCAUCAGCUUCCAUAAUUUGGGACGGAGUUCACUUGACCGAGGCAGCGUAUCGGCACAUGGCCAAUGGCUUACUCGAUGGUCCCUUCACUUCUCCACGUCUCGUUACCUAGAAGUCUGAAGGAUACAGCGCAUCGAGCUUCCAUUCUAAUGUCAAGGAUGAAUGGAUGCUCAUGGUCAUUUGUGCGUCCUUGUUUCAGACUUCCAUCU